GACUCUACCAUCCUUGUCAGCGGUGAAAAGGGUCUCUAAAUGUUUACCUUUCUAGAGUAGUUCUCCCAGAACUUUCAGCUCAGAGGCUACCUCUUCAAAAUCUGUUGUAAAUCACCUGCGCUGCUGGGAAGUCUGCAACCAAAGCAUCAUCUCACGCAGAAUCACACAUGGAGCAGUUUCCAACUUGCAUUGAGUUCCAGGGGAAGAGAGGGAGGAGAUUGAAAUAACCAGCUUAAAAAAAAGUGUGGAGGCAAUUAGACAUUUUGAAGUGUUGUCUUUCUACCGGCUUGAGCUCAGAACAGGACAAGAAGCCUCCGGAGCAACUUUUACGCACGGUUUUUGAAAGGAUUCCUGCUUGAAAUGUUAGACUUUUCCCAUGUUUUUGACACAUUUUGAGUUCUUUGUUAGCGCUUAGCAAUGACUUACUAACGUACACUUUUUAAAAAGUUGACUUUUGUGAUAUUCAUUCUGCUUUAAGACCUCUUUGUCUCCGGGGCGCAAUCACCAGCGCGCGCAAUCUUCUUCAGGUUACACGCAGCAGAGAAGCUACGUGACGCCUGACGCAACUCAAACUGGGAGCGGAUGACUUGGAAACUCCCGGUCAGCAUCUUUUUUCCUUCUGAAUGAGCUGAUUUUGGGUCACUUUUGUUGGAUUUUUAGUUUUUAAAUUUUGAUUCAAAAGCGUUGGAAGAGACCAGCCGCUCUCCGCGCCCAGACAACGCGACAUGAACCCUGGUUUUCUCAUCGAGACUGUGGUGGCACUUCAUCUGCUCCUCUCACCUGCACAGAGUCUAUCUUUACCAAACACAAACAGUACAACCGAAGUGGUGAUGUUUCAAGAAGUGUGGGGUCGUAGUUUCUGCCGGACCAUUGAAAAGCUGGUAGAGGUGGUGCAGGAAUAUCCAACUGAGGUGGAGCACAUCUACAGCCCCUCUUGUGUGCCCCUGGUGAGGUGUGCUGGAUGCUGUGGCGAUGAGAAUCUGGAGUGUCAUCCCACUCGCACCACAAAUGUCACCAUGCAGCUUUUGAAAAUCAGGCCGUCAGAGUCCGGUCAAGAAUAUGUUGAGAUGACAUUUGUGGAGCAUCAGACAUGUGAAUGUAGAGUCAGGAAACCUGUCAUUAUAGUGGAAAGGCGUAAAGGAAGAGGAAGGAAAAGGAAGGAACGACAAAAAACCAAAGAGUGUGACAGAUGCCAGAUCCCUCGCAGGUAACUGCGGUGGUGACCCCACCCUUUGUUGCAGCAUGGCUCGUUAUAUACUUCCAGCCCAGUGACAACAUCAGAGUCUCGUUCAAUCAUCUAUCAAAACCGCGUCUGCAGUCUGAGGCUCAAACAGCUGGGAUGAUCUGCUUGACGUGCUCUCUUGCCGGUGGGCAGGGCGUUUGUGAUGACCAUGAAGUGUGUUUUGAUUGGUCAAGACUCUACUGCUACUCACCUGAUGCAAAAGGACAUCCCUGGGAGCCAGUGCAAUGUAGGACAGAACAGACUCAAACAAGUUAUUUUUGUCAGUUAUUAUUAUUUUUGUUUGGUAUUUAAAGGUGGUUACACUUGUUAAAAGACUAUAUAUAUAUAUUUAUUAACUCAACUGAAUAUAGUUUGACCAGCAGCCUUAAAGAAGUAGUUAUCAUUUUCUAAAGAUUUUAUUGAGAACACCUAGACUUGUGGUUGUUGGACUGAAUGUAAGACUACAUUGUACCUGCAAUAAAGAAAUGUCUCCA